ACUUUAAAACCUUUAACAACAUAGCUUUACUUCCGGGUUGUAGGUUUAUCUUGCUCUAGCUGACUUGUUGAAUAUGUGGUUUCAGACUGUAGCAUUGCUGAAUGUAUCACUAGGGAUAAGUCUGUGCUACGAACAUCUAUCAAAGGAUCGCAGAGCUAAUCAGAGUACAACAUGGAGUUGUCCAGCUAAUGACCCAGCUUGUACAACUUACUCACCAACCAAUGCAGUAGACGGAGACAUCAAUACAUGUAUGAGGACUGAAAUGAUCGGCCCUGUAUCUAGUUAUCCGUACAAGACGGUAUGGUGGUAUGUAGACCUCGAUGACAUAAAGAGUGUCUACAGCAUCAGGGUACAGUACAGGACCUACGGGCAACAGUAUGAAAUUCGACAAAGGGGAAGAAUGGCAGGGUUUGCUUUGUAUCUAUCAAACACAUCUAACAUUGAGAACGGCUAUCUGUGUUAUAAGGACGGACCAUAUUUACCUCCCUUGGACUUUAUCACCACCUGUGUCAGUCACGGCGUUAUGUUAUAUUUUACAACGAAAGACAACCAGGAGUGCAAUAUCCGGCUGGUUACGAAUUGGGGUCUUUGGUUGUCAAACGCCUGGCCGCUAUGGACAAGAAUGUGACCUGAUCUGUCCAUCUAACUGUGAUGAACAAAGAUGCCAUAUUGUUGAUGGAACUUGCCUUGGUUGUACUGCUGGUUGGAUAGGGCAUUUCUGUAACAAAACUUGUCCCGAUGGAUAUUACGGCAUGAAAUGUAGAUCUGGGUGUCUGGGACAUUGCAGGGAUGGAGUCUCAUGUAAUCACACAAGUGGAGAAUGUAACAAUGGAUGUGAAAACGGAUGGCAAGGAGUAAACUGUAAUCAAGAGUGUGAAGACGGAAGACAUGGUCCUAAUUGUGUAUACGCUUGUAGUGGCAACUGCCUGAAUAACAUGGCAUGUGAUAAGACAAAUGGAACUUGUCAAAGCUGUACACCUGGGUAUACAGGAAACUUUUGUAACAAUACUUGCAAUACUGGAUUUUAUGGACCAAACUGUUCAUACAAAUGUUCCAAUUGUAUAGAUGAUGCCUGUAACCGUUUCAAGAAAGAAUGCAUUUAUGGAUGUGCGGAAGGAUACGCCGGAAAAGGAUGUGAUCGAUCAUGCAAAUCUGGCUGGUUUGGAUUUAACUGUUCACAGAAAUGUAGUGACAAUUGCAUUGACCAGUUAUGUGACAACAUACGUGGUAAUUGUACACGUGGAUGUUUGACUGGGUGGUUGGGACAUAACUGCACUAAAGAAUGUCCCUUAGGAUUAUUCGGAGCAAACUGUGAACAAUGGUGUAGUCCAUACUGUGCAUUUAAUGACACAUGUGACAGAACAAAUGGCAGCUGUCCUAGAGGAUGUCAACACCCAUUUAAGGGUUCAAAUUGUGAUUUCAAAGACUCGAUUUCCCCAGACAAAGAUAUCCAAUAUGCUUACAUAGCUGCAAUUGUUGCAUUGAUAACACUCAACAUAUCAACAUGUGGUGCAUUCAUCUUCCUAAGCCAGGUACCCCAUUUUACACUUGGAUGGAGUGAGGAAAUUCGUGUAAAGUGUUUUUCCCAAGGACACAACGUCGGUCCUGCCGCGGCCAGGACUCGAACCCACGACCUUUUGGUCGAGAGUCUGACAGCCUAACCACUAACCACAACAGUGAUGCCAUUUGAUAUACAAACAUCACAAUCACGAUGGAUAUUCAAAGAACAGUUCUACUUCGCAUCAGCAAAGUACAAUGGAAACAUGUGAGGGUGUAAUAUUUCCAAAGAACAUACAUCGACCCUGGACACUAUGAAAUUACUGGCAAUAUUGCAAUUUCCAGUUUCUUAAUAAAAUAUCAUUUAGCGCAUAGCAUAAUGUCUGAUUGGGUUUUUUUUCUGACCUAAUAAAUACCUUUUCAAUGGUACCUUGAUACAAAUCCCGUCCUGUAUUACGUUCUGAUAUAAUCAAGGAAAAUUGUGUCACUGAAUGAGUUUUAAAAAAAAAUAUUUUAAGUGUGUUUUAUCACGACGGACAUGUUGACUUUAUGAUCAACAGAAAACUACGUAAUAACGACCUAAUAGUGACGUAAAAUACUAUAUUUCUGUUCCAAAUUAGCUACUCAUGUAUUUUUGCAAUUCUUAAAAUGAAACUGGUUACUUACAAGUAAGUUUAUGAUACAAGUAUUUCAAUAGAGGCGUCAAUAUUUUGUAAAUGGUAGACUGUUACCGUGAUUUUAUUCGGAAAUAGCUGUCUGAAGUGUUUCGCACCAAUUCUUAGGCUGUUCUUCGCAUGCGAUUUUGACUAUUGGUUAGUCUGCUUGCCUGAUGAGGAUAUAAGACUCAUGACAGGCCUGGCUGAUCAAAUUAAACUAAUUACUACUCCUAUCAACGUGAUCUCUCAUCUGGUAUUUCCAGGGAUCCAUAUCUCCCUUCCAUAUUUUCAUUCCUUGUAUCAUAUAUGAGACUAAACAUUGCUCGUUAUUUUCACUUUUCCAUAAUUCAAUUUUGACAAUUACAGACUAUUGUACUUGGAAAUGAGUCUUUAACAUGUUAUCAAUUGGGUGUUGACAUUAAAAUGCAUUAUUUAUAUUAAAUCCAAUGAGAACGAAUUAUGCUCCCUUA